CCAGACAUACAGAUGCUCUCCACCAUCUCGCCUUCGAGAUGCACACAAGAAAUUCUGGAGAAGACUCCAAAUCUUCUGAAGCUGGGAAUUCGCGGGAAUCUGGCAGUGCUUAUGGAGAGCAAGGGCGGAGUUAUGUUAUUUGACAAUCUCCAGAUACUAGACUGCUUAGAAAAUCUGAAGCUGAUAAACAACGCUCUCCAGAACAGCAAACUGCGAAGAUGCCCUCACUCUGAAAAGUUCCCUCGCAGGCUAAGAAAGAUGACUUUAUCAAACACGACAUUCGAGUGGAAAGACUUGAAUAUCUUGAGUUUAUUAGAGGAGCUUGAAGUGCUCAAGCUGGAGGAGAAUGCCUUUAGGGGAGAUUUUUGCGAUGCGAGCAACAUUGCCUUCAAACAGCUGCGAUAUUUGAGGAUUGGAAGGACUAAUUUAGUGUCAUGGAAGGUCUCCAAGGAUAGCUUUCAAGCACUGAAAUAUCUCAUUCUCAGGCACUGCAAUGUCCUUGAAUCUGUUCCGGCUGUGUUUGGUGAGGUUGAGAGCCUUAAGGUGAUGGAAUUGUUCUGUACCAAUGGAAGGGCAGCUAAUUCUGCUUGAGAAAUACAGAAGCUCAAGAAUGAAAAUCAAUGUGGAUUUCAGCUGUCAAUAUAUCCUCCUGAUCAUUAAGUUCACUACAGAGCCCGUGGUUUUUGACCGUUCAGUGGCGUGAAUUUCUUGCUAAAAUGAAGGGUUAUUGCAAUUCUACCGUCUCCUUGUUUCGCCGUCUCUA